GACGCUGUUUCGGUUCGGUUCGGCGUCAGUUGCCUGUUGUCUGGUUGCAGAGUGGUAGCCUACUUGUUGAUCAGCGCAUUCGUUCGGUACGCCAACUUUCAACAACUUCCACAAACUUCACCAUGUCUGAGGAACCAGAAACCAAGUCUGCCGAAACUCCCAAGACCGAGCCGGAGCAAGAUGCUGCCGCAAAAACUGAGGAAGCAGCCGACAAAACUCCAGAGGAGCCACCGAAAGAGAUGCGAGCCGUGGUUUUGACCGGUUUCGGCGGCCUCAAAACUGUUAAGAUUCAGAAAAAGCCAGAGCCGGCUACUCUUGCUGAAGGAGACGUGCUGAUUCGCGUUAAAUCAUGCGGUGUGAACUUCCUAGAUGUGAUGGCCCGGCUGGGUCUGCUGGACUCUUUGCCCAAAAACCCCUUCAUCAUGGGCUUUGAAUGCGCUGGAGUCGUUGAAAAAACACACGAGAAUGUGGAAAACUUCAAGGUGGGCGACAGAGUGAUGGCGCUGCCGGAGUGUGGCGCUUGGGCUGAGCUGGUGGCAGUGCCGCAACAGUAUGUGUUUGCCAUUCCCGCUGAGCUGUCAUUUGCCGAGGCCACCGCCUUCAUGACUAGCUUUGUCAUCGCGCACAUCCUGCUCUUCGACUUGGGAGGCCUGGCUCCGGGCAAGAGUGUGCUUAUCGACUCGGCCGGCGGUGGAGUUGGUCAGGCAGUUGCCCAACUGUGCAAGACGGUGAAGGAUGUUGUGGUGUUCGGAGUGGCAUCCAAAGUGAAGCACGAGGCCAUCAAGAGCUCUGUCGACCAUGUUCUUGAGAGAGGAACCGAUUACCUCAGUGAGGUUCGAAAAGUUUCUCCAGAAGGAGUCGAUCUUUUCCUGGAUUGUGUGUACGGAGAAGAUUGCAAUAAGGGAUAUUCUGCUUUGAAACCUCUUGGAAGAUAUGUUUUGUAUGGAUCUUCGGGCAUUGUAACGGGAGAGACAAAGAGCUUGUUCAGCGCAGCACGUAGUUGGUGGCAAGUGGACAAGAUCAUUCCAAUCAAGCUGUUCGACGAGAACAAGACGUUGUCUGGGCUGAACUUGCGUCGCCUGCUCCACCAGCAGAACGGCUCCGCGUACAUCAACAGCACCUACCAGAAGGUGCUCGCUCUCUGGAGGGACAAGCAGAUCACCCCUCUGGUCGACUCCACGUUCGCUCUCGAAGAUGUGGCUGAAGCCAUGCAGACGAUCCAUGACCGCAAGAAUGUGGGAAGAAUCGUGCUGGACCUGAGUCUAGAGCCGAAACCAAAGCCGGCCACUCCCGCUAAAGGAAAGGCCAAGAACAAUGACAAAGACGAGAAGAAGAAGGAGGAGGAUGAGAACAAAGAAAACAAAGAGAACAAGGAUUCACCUGAUGCAGAGAAAAAAGAAAAUGCGAGUUGAGCUGCUGAAGAAAGUUAAUCUAUAUAUUUAUAUAAAAAUUAUGUUAUAUAGAUCUAUUUAAAGUUCAGAUUAUAGCAUGAGUGUUGAGUUAGUUUUAUAAGAAAGUUCCUGAUGGAUGAGUUAUGAGAAGUAUAUUCUUCAACAAUAUUUGGAAAUAUUUUUAUUUUUACGAAUGAACCUUUUACAGCUCGCUAAUAGUUUUCAAAGAAAAUAAAAAUGCUUUAUUUGCUGAAUUCCCUAAUAAGAAAUUCGCAACCAUGGGGAACGUCGAUUAUUGGUUAAAAGUAUUUAUUGUGACUUGAUGAGUUUGUUGAAAAUAACUUCGAACUGCCACCGUCAAUAUCAUUUCAAUUGCUUUUUUUCUACAAACAUAAAUGUUAUGAAUCUAGUUUAAUCAUCGUUUCAUUUUCCAAUUUCCAAUGAUACUUUCAUGGAUGAUCUGGAAAAAGAAUAUUCCAACUAGAAAUGUAUUAAAAUUCAAUUAAUAUUCUAUAAUUUAUUGUUGGAUAGUAUCCAUCUUAUUGUUACUGAGAGUAAUCUAAUACUACAACUACUACUGGAGCAUCUUUAUCAAUUUUAUCGGUCAAUGUGUAUAAAUGUGUUGCUUCGAACAUUCAUUCUAUUGCAUAUCAGCUUUUAAUGGCAUCUUGUAUUUAAUCUUAUGAAAUGAGCAAACUGUGUAUUUUACCUUGUAUGUAAUGCUUGAUAUUAUGUCCUCAAAUUGGACAAUUAUCCGUUCCAUGAAACCACCAAUUACUAUUAAUACGCCAGGUGUGAGGUGUUAACAAUAUAGGCUAUGUCAUCGAAAAAAUGUUUUUCAACCAACUCGGUAGCUAUUGUCAUGGAUUUUUUCUGGAACCAACACUAAUGAAAUAUUAUAUCUAUAUAUUUGUCUAUCAUAUUCGAAUAUUCCUACCAGUGUUGUAUUAAAUAAAUUAUUGUUAUAAUAUCGUUGAAUGAAUGAAUUUUUAGAUGAUCUAUUGCUAUUGGAACUUACUCCAUCAUUCAAGCCUCUUAGAGAAAUUCAAUAAUUAUUUUAUCAAUUUUAUUUUAUAGACAACAACCCUUACAUGUGUAAAUUUUCUUAUUGAUUGUAAUUUUAUGUUUGUAUUUUUAUAGUAUUCUAUUUUUAGAAUGAUUUAUGUGAAUAGUAACAAAAAUAGAACUAUAUUUUUACCAAAAACUUUUAACUUUUAUCUGUUCUCACAUUGGAUAAUAUCAAUAUUUUUAACAUUGAAACAACUCAAGAGAAUUUUGAAGAACAUAUCCUGUGUAGGAAAGUUAGAUAGUCAAGCCUCAACAAUCAAUCUUGAAUCUUAAAACUAAAAUAGGAAUUCUAUUAAAUCAUAGAUGAAAUUUAAAUGAGGACCAAAACUCACAUCCGUCCAAAAAAUGGUGAAUGUGGUGAACAAUUGAGUAAUCUUUCCAAGUUUUAUUGGCAGUAUAAUUAUGAUUAUACUGUACUUCAUUCCAGUAGAUUGUUUCAAUGAUUCAAGAACUUUGUAAGAGUGGAAAAAAUAUAGUUUAGAAAGAAUAGUAAUAAUAUUGCUAAAGCUUAGUUGGAACUGGUUGUAGGUACAGUUGAUUACGCUUAAAUAGGCAUAUUAAAUUUCAUGGUCCUCAAAAAUAUCAAAGAAUAAUAAUUGAGGUUGAGCUCAUUCAAAACCUUCUUUGAAAUGAUUUAUUUCGUUUUCUUAUAUAAUUCGAGGCACAAAGUUCACUAUAAAAUUGGAACUGUCUACUCUGGAGAGCUUAUAUCUAGCUAACAAUUCAAAAUAUUUUGAAGUACCAGUACAAUAUAAUAAAUUAUCAAUUUUUUCAACAAACCAGACGUUUUGUAAAUUCACAUGUACUCUAAUCAAAUUCACAAUAUUAUUUCUUAUGCAAAUGCUAAUGUUAUAAAUGUUACUAUUAUGUUUUGAAUGAAUGCCGAAAAUAUAAAAUUCAGAUGGAUAUUCUAUAUUGUUCUCAAUGAUAUUCUCUAUGAUACUGAAAGGAUUUAUAAAUACUUUCGAUAUAUUUCAUAUCCCGCCUUCACAACAAUAAUUUGUAAGCUGCUUGUCUGUGUUAAAUGUAUGUAACCGUUAAUAUAAAUUAUUGUAAGUAAGGAUCUCUCUAGCAUGUAAUAUCAUAUAUUUGAGACCAAUAAACGUAUGAAUUUCAAAGUA